AUGGGAUAUAACUUUUGAAAAGCUGGACUUGCAAUCAAUUUGUCAAUUUUUUUAACAAGUAAGCUCAUAGAGAAGCAUGCAAAAUCUAAAAUCAAGGCUAAAAAUUCUCAAAUUGAUAAGGAAUUGACUACAUCGAAAAAUUAUUGGAAAGAAGCAAAAAAUCUCCAAGGUCGUAUUGAGAAAAAUAAUUCAAUGCUCAAAGACUUAGGUGAAAAGUUAAACCUCAUAGAGAUUUCCCUAAAUGGCCUAUCAAAUAAUAUAAGGGUAGUAGAUAGAAGCAUGCUAAGAUUGAAAUCUUUUACAACGAUCUACAAUAAUGAUGAAUCAGAAUCUUUCCCAGAGUACCUCUUUGAGUUUCAAUUACCCCCUUUAGAGAGAAAUUAUAGAAGUCGAAAUGCCCAUUUUGACGAACAAUAUCAGGUUGAAUAUAACUAUCAAAUAGAAAAAAUUUAUAUUGGAUUAUAUAAAUUAAUUAGAAUACUUUUAAGCCUUGGAAUGCUUAAAAUAUUCUUGCUUUCACACCAAAAUAUCUGGACAUUUCCUUUACACCUUAUAAAAGUUUUAUAUAAUUGCCCGAGGAUGGCACUAUUUUGUGCCAUCCUCGGGCAAUUUCUAUAUUCAAUUUAUGAUUUAAGCAAUAGCCUAAAAAAACUAAAUGAAAGAAAUUGCCAAGAAAAAAUGAGAUAGAAGAGAUAAAUAGCCACCUAUGCUUUCUAUAAGAUAUAUAAGAAAUAUUCAGUAUAAAAAGUAUAGAUAAGCUUUUGAGGUCAAAAGCUUAUAUUGAGGAUUGAAUAAAUGAAGCCAAAAUUAUUGAAAGAGAGCAAAUUGAUUCGAUGGAAAGAAUUAUUGAUUCUUUUACAAGAUCAAUUGAAUCGAAUUCAGAACUAAUUGCUCCUAUACAAAAGCACAUUGAAAAUCAAGGAAUGUCGGAGCAGAAUAAAAAUAAAUAG